AUGGAAGAUAUGCUCUAUUUCAAAGAUGGUGAUCAUGCUAUACUACUUACACAUCAUAAUAGAACAAUAAUUGUACAAGCACAUAAACAAAGGUUUUUACGUCGAGAUACAUUAGCCAUGUUGUUAUCGUUAUCAAAUGUUAGUUGUACAUCAACUGUUGCGAUUAUUGAGUCUUGUCAAGGACUUAUUCUUGCAUCUGUUAUUCAGCGUUGUGCUGCUGGAAAUGGAAAAAUUUUUAAUUUGACAUCAGGUGGAAAUACAAAAUCUAGUGUAAGAUUGACAUCAACUUAUUCAAUUCUGAAAUAA